AUGACCGCCGACAAACCUCGCAAACCAAUAUACCCCAUUCAAUCGCUGAUCUCGGACAUCGACACAACAUGUCUACGGCGACAGUCAACCCUGUCGCGAACAAGUGACACAGCUCGACACCGCUUCAUCAUUGUCGGUGACGUGCAUGGCAUGAGAAGAUCCCUGCAGAAGCUACUCGCCAAAGUGGAGUUCGACAACAUCCAAGGCGACUAUCUGAUAUUUGUUGGCGACAUGACCAACAAAGGGCCAGAUAGUGCCGGCGUGGUGGAUCUGGCCAUCCAGCUGGAAGCCAGCGCAGUCAGAGGAAAUCAUGACAACGCAGUUCUGGAUGCGGCGGCGGAGCUGGCUGUCGCUUGUGGUGAUCACUCUCAAGUAGCGGCCCUGAAGACUCCGUCUGCCUUGCCGGAUGCUCCUCUGUCCGAGGAGCCAAUGGAGAGUCAUCUGCCGAAAGGUCUGGAUGGAGCGGAGCCUGUUUCCAAAAGUCCACUGACGCGGCAUGGUGAGACGACUUAUCGCACAGCGUCUCAGCUAUCAGUGUCCCAGCGGGAGUGGCUGGCGAAAUUGCCUCUGAUGUUGCGGCUGAAUUUGCCGCUGGAUCGGCCAUCGACCCUGGGACACAAUCUGGUGAUUGUGCAUGCGGGGCUUGUGCCAGGAGUUGCACUGGAAAAGCAGGAUCCCUACAACAUCAUCCACAUGCGCAGCCUCAAACGCAUGGAAGGAGAUGAAGGCUCUAGAUUUGAAUCACUCGAGGAAUUCGGUGAAGAAGGGUGGGCUGCAGAGUGGGACCGUUGGCAAGAGAGGUGUGAGACUCGCUCGACUGUGAUCUUCGGUCAUGAUGCCAAGCGGCGGUUGCAGUUGGGAAAUUACUCGAUUGGACUGGACAGCGCGUGUCUAUACGGAUUCCAGCUCAGCGCAUUGGUCAUUAUCAUCUCAGAGAGCGAGAUAUACCAUGAGAUCGUUCAAGUCGACUGUGAGGAUACUCCUGUACCUCCCAAGAUGAAGGAGGAUACGGACAAACAGACGGCUACAGAUAAGCAGUGGUAUGGGACGAAGAGAUGA